CCGAGGCUCCCAAAGCUGGCAGCUCCGGGCGGCGGUGCAGGGGCCAAGGGGGGGCGGGGGGGGACCGUCGGACAUGCGGCUCUGGAGUUGGGUGCUGCGCCUGGGGCUGCUGAGCGCCGCGCUGGGCUGCGGGCUGGCCGAGCGCCCCCGCCGGGCCCGGAGAGACCCGCGGGCCGGCCGCCCCCCGCGCCCCGCUGCCGCCGGCCCGGCCACCUGCGCCACCCGGGCGGCCCGCGGCCGCCGCGCCUCGCCGCCGCCGCCGCCGCCGCCGCCGCCGGGCGGUGCCUGGGAAGCCUUGCGCGUCCCCCGGCGGCGGCAGCAGCGGGAGGCGAGGGGCGCCGCCGCCGGGCCGAGCCCGCCGAGCCGGGCGCUCUAUUUCAGCGGGCGCGGCGAACAGCUGCGCCUGCGGGCCGACCUGGAGCUGCCCCGGGACGCCUUCACGCUGCAAGUGUGGCUGCGAGCGGAGGGGGGCCAGCGGUCCCCGGCGGUGAUCACAGGGCUGUAUGACAAGUGUUCUUAUACCUCACGUGACCGAGGAUGGGUCGUGGGUAUUCACACCAUCAGUGACCAAGGCAACAGAGACCCACGCUACUUUUUUUCCUUGAAGACUGACCGGGCUCGACAAGUGACCACCAUCCAUGCCCACCGCAGCUACCUCCCAGGCCAGUGGGUAUACCUGGCUGCCACCUACGAUGGGCGGCUGAUGAAACUCUAUGUCAAUGGUGCCCAGGUGGCCACCUCUGGAGAGCAGGUGGGUGGCAUCUUCAGUCCACUGACCCAGAAGUGUAAAGUGCUCAUGUUGGGGGGCAGCACUCUGAACCACAACUUCCGGGGUUCCAUUGAGCGCUUCAGCCUGUGGAAGGUGGCCAGGACUCAGCGGGAGGUACUGCUGGACAUGGAAAUCCAGGGGCUCCACCCUCCUCUACCUCAGCUCCUUCUCCAGGAGAACUGGGACAAUGUGAAGCGUGCCUGGUCCCCCAUGAAGGAUGGCAACAGCCCACAGGUAGAACCCAGUGGUGUCCACAGCUUCCUGCUGGACACCAAUUUGGAGCCCCCUCUGUGUGGGCAGACAUUGUGCGACAACCCCGAGGUCAUCGACAGCUACAACCAGCUGCCUCGCUUCCGCCGACCCAAAGUGGUGCGCUACCGUGUGGUUAACUUGUGUGAGGAUGGCGGGGAGAACCCCACGGUCAGCCGCCAGCAGAUUGACUUCCAGCACCGGCAGCUGGCCGAGGCCUUCCAGCACUACAACAUCUCCUGGGAGCUGGAGGUGCUGGAGGUGAGCAAUUCUUCCCUGCGUCGCCGCCUCAUCCUGGCCAACUGUGACAUCAGCAAGAUCGGGGAUGAGAACUGUGACCCCGAGUGCAACCAUACUUUGACUGGCCACGAUGGCGGGGACUGCCGCCACUUCCGCCACCCCCCUUUUGUGAAGAAGCCGCAGAACGGGGUGUGUGACAUGGACUGCAACUAUGAACGGUUCCACUUUGAUGGCGGAGAGUGUUGUGAUCCUGAGAUCACUGAUGUCACCAAGACGUGCUUUGAUCCAGACUCUCCACACAGAGCAUACUUGGAUGUUAAUGAGUUGAAGAACAUUCUUAGACUGGAUGGAUCCACACACCUCAACAUCUUCUUUGCAAACUCAUCAGAAGAGGAAUUGGCAGGAGUUGCAACGUGGCCUUGGGACAAGGAAGCCCUAAUGCACUUGGGUGGCAUUGUCUUAAACCCAUCUUUUUAUGGCACUCCUGGACACACCCACACCAUGAUCCAUGAGAUCGGGCACAGCUUGGGCCUCUAUCACAUCUUCCGUGGCAUCUCAGAAAUCCAGUCUUGCAGUGAUCCCUGCAUGGAGACAGAGCCUUCCUUUGAGACUGGAGACCUCUGCAGUGACACCAACCCUGCCCCCAAACACAAAUUCUGCGGUGACCCAGGGCCAGGGAAUGACACCUGUGGCUUUCAUAGCUUCUUCGAUACCCCUUACAACAACUUCAUGAGCUACGCAGAUGACGACUGCACUGACUCCUUCACGCCCAAUCAAGUCGCCAGAAUGCACUGUUACCUGGACCUGGUGUACCAGAACUGGCAGCCCUCCAGGAAGCCAGCGCCCGUCGCCCUGGCCCCACAGAUCGUGGGCCAUGUGACUGAUUCUGUGAUGUUGGAGUGGUUCCCACCCAUCGACGGCCACUUCUUUGAAAGAGAAUUGGGAUCAGCAUGUGAACUUUGCUUGGAAGGAAGAAUCCUGGUUCAGUAUGCCUUCAAUGCCUCCUCCCCGAUGCCCUGUGGCCCAUCAGGACAUUGGAGUCCACGGGAAGCAGAAGGUCAUCCAGAUGUUGAACAGCCUUGUAAGUCCAGUGUACGCACCUGGAGUCCAAAUUCAGCUGUCAACCAACAGACGGUCCCUCCAGCCUGCCCUGAGCCACAAGGCUGCUAUCUUGAACUGGGAUUUCGCUACCCCCUGAUCCCUGAAUCUCUGGCCAUCUGGGUGACAUUUGUGUCCACUGACUGGGACUCUAGUGGAGCUGUCAAUGACAUCAAACUAUUGACUGUCAGUGGGAAGAACAUCUCCUUGGGUCCUCAGAAUGUCUUCUGUGAUAUCCCACUGACCAUCAAACUUCAAGAUGUAGGUGAGGAGGUGUAUGGUAUCCAGAUCUACACAUUGGAUGAGCACUUGGAGAUUGAUGCCGCCAUGCUGACCUCACUUCCAGACAGCCCACUCUGCCUGGAGUGUAAACCCUUGCAGUACAAGGUAGUCCGGGACCCUCCUCUCCAGGCAGAUGUGGCUUCUGUCCUACACCUCAAUAGAAGAUUCAUGGACAAGGAUCUGAAACUUGGCAGUGUGUACCACUACUGGGUCAUCACCAUUUCAGGAAAUGAGGAGAGUGAGCUAUCACCUGCCACCAUAUAUAUCCAUGGAAACGGGUACUGUGGUGAUGGAAUUAUCCAGAAAAGCCAAGGUGAAGAAUGCGAUGACAUGAAUAAGAUCAAUGGUGAUGGCUGCUCCCUUUUCUGCCAACAAGAAAUUUCCUUCAACUGCAUUGAUGAACCCAGCCGGUGCUAUUUCCAUGAUGGAGAUGGGGUAUGUGAGGAGUUUGAACAAAAAACUAGCAUUAAAGACUGUGGUGUCUACACUCCCCAGGGGUUCCUGGAUCAGUGGGCAUCCAAUGCUUCUGUAUCCCACCAGGACCAACAGUGCCCAGGCUGGGUCGUCAUUGGCCAGCCAGCAGCUUCCCAGGUGUGUCGAACCAAGGUGAUCGACCUCAGUGAAGGAAUUUCCCAGCAUGCCUGGUACCCCUGCACUAUCAGCUACUCAUACUCCCAGCUGGCUCAGACCACUUUUUGGCUCCGGGCAUACUUUUCCCAGCCUAUGGUGGCUGCAGCUGUCAUUGUUCACCUUGUGACUGAUGGAACCUACUACGGGGACCAAAAGCAGGAGACUAUUAGUGUCCAGCUGUUCGACACCAAAGAUCAGAGCCAUGAUCUAGGCCUCCAUGUGCUGAGCUGCAGAAACAAUCCUCUGAUUAUCCCUGUGGUCCAUGACCUCAGCCAGCCCUUCUACCACAGCCGGGCCGUGCGCGUGAGCUUCACUUCAGCCCUGGUCGCCAUCUCGGGGGUGGCCCUCCGCUCCUUCGACAACUUUGACCCCGUCACCCUGAGCAGCUGCCAGAGAGGGGAGACAUACAGCUCUGCCGAGCAGAGCUGUGUACACUUCGCAUGCGAAGCCACAGACUGCCCAGAGCUGGCAGUGAAGAAUGCUUCUCUCAACUGCUCCAGCAGUGACCAUUACCACGGCGCCCAGUGUACCGUGAGCUGUCGGACGGGCUACGUGCUCCAGAUCCAGCGCGAUGAUGAGCUAAUCAAGAGCCAGACGGGGCCCAGUGUCACUGUCACCUGCAGCGAGGGCAAAUGGAAUAAACAGGUGGCAUGUGAGCCAGUGGACUGUGGCCUCCCAGACCAACAUCAUGUCUAUGCAGCCUCCUUCUCUUGCCCUGAGGGCACCACCUUUGGCAGCAAAUGCUCUUUCCAGUGCAGACACCCAGCACAGCUGAAAGGAAACAACAGCCUCCUGACAUGUAUGCAGGAUGGGCUGUGGUCCUUCCCAGAAGCCCUGUGCGAGCUCAUGUGCCUAGCUCCACCCCCAGUGCCCAAUGCAGACCUCCAAACCGCCCGGUGCCGAGAGAACAAACACAAGGUGGGCUCUUUCUGCAAGUACAAGUGCAAACCUGGAUACCACGUGCCUGGCUCCUCCCGGAAGUCCAAGAAACGGGCAUUCAAGACUCAGUGUACCCAAGAUGGAAGCUGGCAGGAGGGAGCUUGUGUUCCUGUGACUUGUGAUCCACCUCCAGCGAAAUUCCACGGGCUCUACCAAUGCACUAAUGGCUUCCAGUUCAACAGCGAGUGUAGGAUCAAGUGUGAAGACAGUGAUACCAACCAGGGACGCGGGAGCAACAUUAUCCACUGCCGGAAAGAUGGCACCUGGAGUGGCUCCUUCCAUGUCUGCCAGGAGAUGCAAGGCCAGUGCUCUGCUCCAGACCAGCUCAACAGCAACCUCAAGCUGCAGUGCCCUGAAGGCUAUGCCAUAGGGUCUGAGUGUGCCACCUCGUGCCUGGACCACAACAGCGAGUCCAUUACCCUGCCUGUGAACAUGACCGUGCGGGACGUCCCCUACUGGCUGAACCCCACCCGGGUGGAGAAAAUUGUCUGUACAGCUGGUCUCAAGUGGUAUCCUCAUCCUUCUCUCAUCCACUGUGUCAAAGGCUGUGAGCCCUUCAUGGGAGACAAUUACUGUGAUGCCAUCAACAACCGAGCCUUCUGCAACUACGAUGGUGGGGAUUGCUGCGCCUCAACAGUCAAGACCAAAAAGGUCACCCCUUUCCCUAUGUCCUGUGACCUACAAGGUGACUGUGCUUGUCGGGACCCCCAGGCCCAAGAACACAGCCGGAAAGACCUACGUGGGUACAGCCAUGGCUAAGGAAGUACAAGGAGCUGUAGAAGAAUGCCCAACACCAGGACCCGCAUCCCUUUGGUAUUGAUUUUACCGUCAGCUGCUCAAUGGAAUGGCCUCUCCACACCAGGGAUCCUUAGCACCCAACCGGUCUGCCUUUAAUUUCACCCAGGAAGGACGCAUAGCGGGGGCGCAUGAAACAAAUCUCACCAUGUUGAAUGAUGGAAUGGAAUCCUGUCCCAGAGUCUUAUAUGGAUUGCAGAUACAGCAUGCAGUCCCAGAGCCUCCUAAAAUUCUAACCAUUUGUCACACGACCACAGUGAGAAACAUAUUCUGUAUCUAGGGGUGUGCACAUCUGUGGUUAGUAUACAUGCAUGCACCCAUACAAGCAUCUGUGUAAGGGCAGUUUUGGAGACUGAGCAGAGAGAGACUGGAACAAACUCAAUAUUUCCUUUCCCCAGCUCCUAGCCAACACUGUCCUUGGGAGAAAGAGAAUUGCAGAAACUAAGACCAAGUGUUGAGAUGCCAAGAUAGCUCACACCUUGAGGCUUGGGUUAUGCAGGGCAUAAUUUUACAGUCCUUUGGGACUGGAAGUGAAAUGGUCUCUGAUUGCCUCCCUUCUAGGGAAGUAGGACCCAUGAAAAAGUCAAGAACACAAAGUAUGCGAAGUCCCUCAGUUAUUCUGCUGCCAUCAGGGGGGUUUCAUUCCCACCUCCAGGGUUUGAGGCCAAGCUGGAAGCAGUGCGAUUGCAAUGUCAAGGUAUUAUACCAGCCCUCUGCUUGAGGCUUGAGGCCAUAAUAUUCCUCCAGAACCCACCCGUUCCCCAAAUUUUGCCUUGGGACCACAUUUGCUGCUACUUUUCCUGCUGCUCUAUCCUAUACAUUGAAUACCCCAAGAUGGUAGGACUAGGUUAGGAACCCCCUCCGUCCCCCCUCUCACCACACACACACACACACACACACACACACACACACAACAGAACAGUCUGCCUUAAAAGUGACCCACAUUAUUUCCAUAGCUCCUCACUUCUUAGCCCUUCUGCCAGAGGAAAAUUCUCGUUGACCGUCAUGGUGAGAACUUCAGUCCCCCAUGGGUGGGCUUCUCAUCAUGGAAAAGAGUGGAGGGAUUUGAGAUGCUGGAAUCUUCACUGAGAAUUCAGAAUGUCGAAGCCAGUGUUAGAUUUUAUAAUCAAGUGGAACAGUGUUAAAUUUCUACGAUGUUGGAGCCCUCUUGGAGAUGGUUUAGAUUGCAGGGAUUCUUGCAAUGUUGUGCUGGUGUAAGCCUUUGAGCCCUCCAGGCUGGAGGAUGCUUUGGUCCUAAGGGGACCUCACUGUUGCCCUGGGUAGCUAUCAUUCUGGUACAGAAAAGCAUCUUGGAUGGGAUCAUUCUAGCCUGCAUCUUAAAGGGCCAUCUGAAGAAAGCCAAAGAGUUCAGAGCCUCAGUCCCCCCCCAGCAACCCAAGGUGUUCAUCAUGCUUUCCCGACAGUCUUCCAGCUGCUGGUACUUCCACACCAGUGGUGAAGCAGCCCUUCCCUCUCUCCCAUGUUCAGCCUCCAAAGGUUAAGAGGAAAUGGCUAAAAUACACGUGGAAACCCCUACCUUUUUGAGUCCUCUUGGCCUCUUUUCAGCCAGAUACCUGUCCUUUCAAUUAAUAUGGGAAGAAAAUGAAGGCCAAAUGAGUCAAAGGAAAUAGUUUGGUUUGACAUAUUUUCUGACACCUAGACCUGAGAAAGUGAAAGAUGGAAGGAACUGUGUCUAAACAAGAUGCAUAAGAUUACUUUAAAUCACGUUGUCUCAAUUUAAUGAAGAAAGCCAACAAAAACUAAAAUAACCUAGAAAUGGUGAACAUCAGACAAGAGUGUUGACUCCUGAUUCUUACAUCCAAAACAAAUUGUUGGUCUGUCAGAACUCUUUCUCCUAUGAAGACCAGAAAUAACUUUAAAAAUCUUAUGAUUAUCACUCCUGAUGAACAACCCUUGGAAAGAUAUCUUUUACCUAUCUCUGGUCUGUUACAUCAAGAAAUACAGCAAGGUGCUCUUGGCACUUGUGCCCACAAGCUUAGUUAGUAGUUGUUGUUGUUGUUGAUUUCACUUUUACCAGUUAUAAACUGAGACUGAGUUCCAGAAUGAGGAGGCUGUCAUCAUUAUCAAAAUCAGGUUCAAAUUCUUUACAUGUUCUUAAAAAAGUUCACCCACAUCUCGCUUAUAUUUAGGCACUUCUCUAUAAUUACCAGGGUCAAUCUUAGCCAAAACAAUAAAAAUGAAAAAUAGAAUCAAUUUGAUUCUGUAUCCCUCUCCAGGAUGUUAGAACUCUUGCCACUCUGACAGCCCCUAUCCUUCCCUAGCUGAGUUACCAGUCUGUUUGGAAUUAGCUUUAGAAGGUACAAACUAAAAAAGGCAAUGGUGUUGCCCCCUAGUUGUUUUACAACACCGGUAGUUACUUUUUUGUUAAAAGCCUCGAAUAUCCAAAGAUGACAUUACUAGUGCUUGUCUUGCAAGGACCAUGGAACUCCAAUUUCCCUAAGACCAAUGACCAUGUUUUUCCUCCUUCAUUAACAGCCUUGCCUAAAUCAGGUCUCUCCAAAUGAGCAAAGUUUCUUGGAGGUUGACUGGUCAUGAGAUUCUCAGAUUGAGUUGAGCUUUUAAGAGCAAAGAUCCACCCAACGUCCUCUGUACCAUCAUGCUAACCUGUUGGCUCACAAAUUCAUCUUUUCCAAGGAUCUGAGGAAAGAUAGAUUAAUUGAUGUCCAGCUUCCUGCCCAUAUGGAAGGUGUACUUAAACCCUUUUCAGACCAUCGUGGAAGAACAUCAGCUCCUUUUGUGCAGUGCACUGAUUCCUAGUUUUGUUUUCUUUCUGGGAAUAAACUUAUUGUCUCAUUCCUUCAAUCAUCUCCUACUCAUGAUAAUGAACUAGUCAUAGGAGGCAACUCUGAAGCUCUGUUAUCUAGGAGAAGCUCAGGGACUCUAAACACUUGUAGGGUCUGGAUGACCACAUAUUAGCCUACUAGCUGCACAAAAGUAAAGAUGAGUUGGACAGUUCUCUUAGAAAGCCUUUCCAAGCUACAACCAUAACUCCCUACCAGAGAAUGUACAUUACCCUUUGAUUCUGAGAGACUAGUAUUGGGCAUAAGGAGUAUGGCUUUGGAGAUGGAGGGUAGCUAAUCCUGACUUCAGCAUGUUGACUCAUGGCUUACAUAGUUCUCUUGGUCAUAUUCACACUUUGGCCCACAAUGCUUAGAUGUUAUUUAUUAAAAAUAAUUCUUUGAGGCAGCUACCUCCCAUCCAGGUUUGAUUUAACUUGGUUGUAACUGUCAACUUGUUAUAGGUCUUACCUGUGUUUAGAAAGAAGGAGGAAGGAAAGAAGGAAGGAAGGAAGGAAGGAAGGAAGGAAGGAAGGAAGGAAGGAAGGAAG